AUGCCAUCCAUUCACGACAUUCUUGCACAGCCAAACCCUAGACUCGACCCGAGCUCGGUAUCUUGGGGUCAUAAUACCUACAGCCAAGAUUGGAUUCCUGUGUCAGACUGGACACCAUGGACAGACUUUACACUCCAAAACCUUACGUCGAUGUACGCGCAGGUACUUAAUGCACGCUGGAGGGAUCCCCCGUCAAUCAACAUAGCGUCUAGUUUCGAUCGGCAGAUCCGAGAUGAGCAGAGCAUGGAUUAUUUUUUGGCAAAGUACGUAUGGCCAUCAGUGAACGGAGCGCUUGUACAAGCCACUUCCAUCCUCGAGUGGGGCGAGGAAUUGUUCUACUUAGGGCCUGGAAGCUGGUGUCAGGGGACUGGGCCGCCAGACUGGGGCUUAGUCUCAAACCUAAAGGGCCCGUCGGGAGGGAAGUUUUGGAAUCUGUUACCCGGAGACACCAAGCUCUCUGUCAAGUGGUACCCCGCGAUGAGCUUGUCAGAGAACGAGAGCGAGAGAUACCAGUGGACUUUACCUCUGUCACAAGUCAGCACAUACGCAGCGCAGAGUGAGUGUCGAUACGGAUUCCUGAUUACGGAUCAAGCUCUUGUUGUUCUACGCUUUACCAAGGAGCGUAUUAGUGAAGGCUUAGCUGCAACACGGCCAAGUCGGACAGUUGUACCACAAACUCACCAGCGCAUCGCCUCCAACGAGACUGACGUAUCGUCUCUCCUGGAAUCCAUGUCGCUUGGCUCAUUUGGUGCCCAAUCUUACAACGACCAUGAUCUUGCAGGUGCUGCAAACGUGGAAUUCCUGCCGCCCGAAUAUGCAGUGAUACCAAUGUCCGCUCGUGGGAAAGACACCCUCACAGUCAAGUUCUCGAUUUUUUGCUUAUGCCUAAUGGCCGCUGGUGGAUGUGGCAACGUUGACUACGGGUAUCCUCCUCUUGAUAGCUGGAGGUGCGUCGAUCGUCAAGGUUUUAUUCACAAUACAUCAAACCUCGGUGCCAAAAAGCUGCCAAACAAUGCCGUUCUUUAUGAAACCCAAGAGUAUGAGCCGGAGGAUGUCAGGUCGGAAGCGUCCUAUGAUGAUGAAGUCAGCCAGAGUGGCCAAGUGGCACCAGGCACGGAGACCAUCGACAGCAGAAUUCAUCAAGAAUACCACGAGGGACAGUCAAAAGUCGGACAGGAGGGUCAGGGGGCUAGUUCGACUCGAACAGAAUCUAAGCCCCAGCCAACUGAAGUUAACGUGAAGAAACGAGAUGGAAAACUGUGCUUUCGUGAUGUGAAGGGUGAAUUGAGGAAGACGAAGAGAAGGGAGUGGACCCCAGUGUCGGAUGGGUGGAUUUUCCAUGGGAAAAAGCAUUCUUACUUUACCAAACAUUUACCUAAGGAUUAA